AUGGCAGAUACAAGUGCAGAUGGAAAGGCUUCCUUGCUCCGGGCAGAGCUGAAGCAGUGGGAGAAGACGUUUACUCUGCAGACCUCCCGGAAGCCAGGUCGCGAGGAUAUAAAGAACAAUCCAGCCAUCGCUGAAAAGUACAAGGAGUAUGCACGGCUGCGGUCAGACGGCUCUCAGAAGCCUGCAAAGGCAGCAAAUUCGGCGGCAGCAGAUACCCGCCAGACAGAGCACCAAACACCGAAGAGACGAACGAAGAGAAAUUGCCCAUUUGAAGAUGACGAUGACGUCGAGGGGGCUACCAAAACACCUACGAAGCUGCGCACCCCCAGCAGGAACGCUGUAGUGAACCCACUACACCCUUCGCGAAUCGAUCCAUACGACUCUCCAUCCAACAUCCGCAGACUAAACGGCCCGCGAGAAUCGCCUCUUCCUCUCUACGAGGCCAUAGGGCCUACUCCGCAGCGUGACGGGAAAGCUCUGGGCCUAUUUGAUCUGCUGGACCCGCCGAGUCGGAACACCCCGAGGGCUGACAGGCAUGUAGUUGCCGGCGGGGCGAUGGUGCAGACCCCCUCUCGCAAAAAGGUGCCCGCUACGCCAUCGACGGGUGGAAGUGCCACGGCCACUGCGCGAAGACAGAGAUAUGCAUCAACCCCGCUGUCUUCCGCACGCAAGUUCUAUCUAUCGAGCUUCUUCGCCACGCCAACGGCGACUCGAUGUGCGACCAUCCCCGAGGAGGAUGGUGUCGAUGACGGCGCGCGUGGAGGUCUCGCGUCAGAGACACCCUCCUUUCUACGACGGAAGAACCUCUUUUCUCCUACUGCGAGGAAGGGCGCUCUUUCACCCGUUAUGCAUAGCCCUGUGCCCGUGUCCGUGCGCAUGCCGCAGAGGCUAUUUGGGAAGGGAAUAAGCUCGUUCGCCAAACGGCUACAGGAGGGACAGAAGGAAGACCCAGUUGAAGAGCCAGAGGAUCGGGUUGAGGAGACACAGAUCUUUUCGGAUCAUCAGGUCGAUGGCAACACCCACGGUGAAGCCGAUGUUCACAGAUCUCCCUCAAAAACAUAUAAGUCUUAUAAGAAGAAGGGCCAGAAACGGACCACCAAGCUAUCCCGUCUCAGGCCCUCUCGGGUCAAACCGGUCGCUCAGCCUCGGUGGGAAUCGCUUGUCGAUGACAGCGAUGAUGAGCUCGCUGCUACUGAAACAGCCGAUCCUGCAGGAGACGAUGGUUCUAGCGAUAAUCCCGAUGCAGACGAGGUGUAUAUCCCCAAGAAGAGCCGCGCAAAACAAGCCAAGCCUAGUUUGGUAGAGAAGAAACCAGAGAAGAAGCUAAGAAGGAUCAAGGCGGAAGCACAUGCCAACUACCGCUCCUUGAAGAUACGAAGUCGGGGCGGCCAGAAGGGUGGAGGCCGGUUCGGCAGGCGAUGA